GAUAAUACAUUACCAAACCAAAGCCCAUACUGAAAGCGGGAAAGCUAAAGAUAAACAGAGUAUCUUUCUCUUCUUCUUAAAAUAAACCGCCAAAUUGAAGCAGUUUUUUGGUUGAAUUAAUCAGAUGGGUAUCAAGGGUUUAACAAAACUUUUGGCUGACAAUGCACCAAAAGCCAUGAAAGAACAGAAAUUUGAGAGUUAUUUUGGUCGCAAGAUUGCCAUUGAUGCCAGCAUGAGCAUCUACCAGUUCCUUAUUGUGGUGGGGAGAACUGGGACUGAAACGUUAACUAAUGAGGCUGGUGAAGUUACUAGUCACUUACAAGGCAUGUUUACUCGUACAAUUAGGCUUCUUGAAGCUGGAAUGAAGCCAGUCUAUGUUUUCGAUGGUAAGCCUCCAGAUUUGAAAAAACAAGAGCUGGCAAAGCGUUACACAAAGAGGGCAGAUGCUACUGAGGAUUUGGCUGAAGCUGUGGAGGCUGGCAAUAAAGAAGACAUUGAAAAAUUCAGUAAACGGACAGUGAAGGUGACAAAGCAGCACAAUGAAGACUGCAAAAGACUUCUAAGACUAAUGGGAGUGCCUGUAGUUGAGGCUCCUUCUGAAGCAGAGGCCCAAUGUGCUGCACUUUGUAAAUCGGACAAGGUUUAUGCAGUCGCUUCUGAAGAUAUGGAUUCCCUAACCUUUGGUGCUCCUAGAUUUCUUCGACAUUUAAUGGAUCCUAGCUCAAGAAAAGUCCCUGUCAUGGAGUUUGAAGUGGCAAAGAUUUUGGAGGAACUGAAUCUUACCAUGGAGCAAUUUAUUGACUUGUGUAUCCUUUCUGGUUGUGAUUAUUGUGAUAGCAUUCGAGGUAUUGGCGGACAGACUGCUCUAAAGCUCAUCCGUCAACAUGGCUCGAUAGAGAAAAUACUGGAGAAUAUAAAUAAAGAUAGAUACCAAAUACCAGAAGAUUGGCCAUAUCAAGAGGCUCGACGGUUGUUUAAGGAACCAGAAGUCUUCACUAAUGAAGAGCAACUUGAUCUUAAGUGGACUCCUCCAGAUGAAGAGGGAUUGAUUACCUUUCUGGUGAGUGAAAAUGGGUUCAACAGUGAUAGAGUGACAAAGGCCAUAGAAAAAAUCAAGGCAGCCAAGAACAAGUCAUCACAGGGCCGGCUGGAAUCAUUUUUUAAACCAGUUGCUAACACAUCUGUGCCCAUUAAACGGAAGGAACCAAAAUGUGCGCUUCAAUCCCCAAAACCAGCAUUGAAGCCUAGGAUGUUCUCUCUGCAAGUUUGUAAUUCCUCCAUACCCAAGUCCAUUGGUAGGCUAAGGCUGCCAACUGUGGCUUUGGGCUCAAAGCACUUUCCUCCAUUAUCCAGAGGUGUAUGCUUUGGUGCAUGAAGUUGGGAAACACCGGGGAAUGCUCUGAAAGAAUCAGCUAACAAAAAGUCUAAGGCUGGUGGGGGUGGUAGGAAGAAGAAAUAGUUUAUUUUUACUUUUAACUUAAAUGUUGAUAGCAGGAGCUACACACAUUGGUUUCUCGCAGUUAUGCUAGAGGAGAAAAAUUUGAGUCAGAUGUAUUGGCUUUGUGUUCUCUAGAGUUGAUACAUUCCAAGGCUGACUUGAGGAUGUUAUAUAUGGAUGUCAUCUGAAUACCUAUGUUGUUUCUGUUAUCUUAUUGAAAUGUCUGCCUUUGGUAAUUAAUAUGAAAUUUGCUUGAUUA